AUGCUACCUCUCAUUGCCCCAAUAUCAUUUUUCGCUCUGAUCGCCGUCUGCAGGUCGGUCGGUGCCGCCGCCGCCCAGGCAUCAUCAAGCCAGUCGAAGAUAGAUACCUUGCUAGACUGCCUGCAUAGAAACAUACCCACCUCGUCAAUCAUUACCCCCGCCAAUACAAAUUUCGUCAAUGACAGCAUCCGCUGGACGACCUUGGCAGCUCCCUCGUACUCCGUUCUUGUCAAUGCAGGGUCUGAAGAGGAUAUUGCGACUUCAAUUCAAUGUGCAACACAGUCAAAUGUCACAUUCCUAGCGACUGGUCCUCGACAUGGCUACUCCAUCACUUUGGACUCUGUCCAGAAUGGCCUCGAGAUCAACACGGCCUUCCUGGACCAUUUAAGCGUUGACCCUGACGCAAAUACCCUUACAGCAGGGGGAUCUGUUACAUUCGGCCAGGCCAUUGACGCUCUGUAUCCCAUUGGAAAGGAAAUGCCAACGGGCUCUUGCUCAUGCGUUGGCCUACUGGGCGGAAGUCUAGGAGGUGGCGUAGGACGGCUGUCGGGCCUACACGGUUUAGUCUUGGACAGUCUCAUCUCCGUUAGACUGAUGCUUCCCAACACGACUAUUAUCACUGCUUCCAAAACCGAGAAUGCAGAUAUAUUCUGGGGCAUUGGUGGCGCGGGCUUCAACUUUGGUUAUGUCUUGAAUGCCACGUACAGGAUCUAUGACCAGGUCCCCAACGGCUUGCACCUGAAUGCGGACUUCAAGUUUCCCAUUUCCCAGGUGCAAAGUUAUUACGAGCGACUUGACAAAAUGGCAAAGUCUCAGCCUAAGGAGCUUUCUAUCCUAACACUAUUCAAUUAUGAUGCGGAUCUUAAUGAAACCAUCAUCACCGCUAACGCCGUCUAUGCUGGACCUGAAGCAGACGGCCGAGCAGCCGUGCAGUUCCUCUUCGACCAAAACCCGCUCAUAUCUAAUAUCACAUCGGUUCCUUGGAUCAACCUGCUGGAUACCGUGGGAUUUGGCUUCACAGGACCAGCGAUCUGUAAGCGAGGGAAUAGACGCAGCCAAUGGGUAAUCGGAGUCAACAGGCUUGACCCAGACGCCUACACUACAGCCUCUGGUAUCUUUCAAGACAUGAUAACCAGAUACCCAGCCACCCUUGACAGUUCGAUAGAUGUACAACUGUUACCUACGCAAGGAAUCAUUGCGGUGCCAGAUAACGAGGCCGCAUAUCCAUGGCGAAGUUUAAUUGCGCAUGUCCUUCUGGAGUUUAAGUACACUGAUGCACAGCUUGAUGGGAUUGUGGACGGGUAUGCAAGAAGGAUUAGAGAUGUUAUUGUGCGGACAGCCGGGACAGCCGGGUUGAAUGUUUAUGUCAGUUAUUCGCAUGGGGAUGAAACUUUGGAGGAGAUUUAUGGCAAACAGAAAUUGGGGAGGUUGGCAAAGUUGAAGAAGAUGAUCGACCCAGAGGGCUUGUUCGAUGCGUACCAUGCUUUGCCAACGGCUUACCCUUGA